AUUAUUAUAUUUCACAUUGCUAUAGUGAUACGAAUUCGAUUUAACUUUUUCAAAAUUGUUCGCGUCUUUCGUACAGAAAAAGAAAAAGUUAGGGAAUUUCUACAAGAGCACGACAUGGAUAUCGAUGUGAGGAACAAACACGAAGAGACUGCCCUGCAUAUUGCCAGCAAAGCUUAUGUUGCGAUUGUGAAAAUUUUGAUUGACUGCGGAGCCGAUGUGAAUUCAAAGAACAAAACACAAGAAACGCCCUUACAUCUGGCUUGUAUGCGAGAUGAUGAAUGCACGUUCAUAUUUAAAGAAACUACAAAGCCAAAACAUGUCGCUAUAAUGGAAGCUCGCGUUGAGAUUGUAAACCUGCUUGUUGAUAACGGUGCAGAUGUAAAUGACAAAAAUGAGAAAGAAGAAACUCCACUUCAGAUUUCUGCGAUUCAGGGUUUUGGAGAAGUUGUAGAAAAACUCAUCGAUAAUGGUGCGAACAUCAAUGUUACUGACCAAGACCGAUGGACACCACUCCAUCAUUUUGCUCGAUUAAACUUCGAUGAAACGGUUAAAAUGCUCAUUGCACGUGGCGCCGAUUUGAAUUUGAAGAAUGAUUUGGGACGGACAGCUCUGCUAGAGGCUGCCAGUUGGGGCUGUGAUCGAAUUUUGAAACUGCUCGUUGAAUCUGGCGCCGAUGUUGAUGCCUGCGAUAAAAAAGGAUGGACUGCACUUCAUAUGGCUGCACUCGGAAGUCGAAUUGUAAAUGUAAAACUUCUCAUUGAACAUGGAGCUGAAGUUAAUCUUACUGAUAACGAUGGCCGCACUCCACUUCAUUGGGCAGUGAUUGAUGGUCAACAAAAAACUGUGGAUAUACUUAUUGAGAAUGACGCCGACGUCAAUUUAGCUGAUCGAUAUGGAUUGAAUGCCAAGGAUCUAGCGCUCAAGCAUGCCCAUCGACAAUUGUAAAAUGCCGUAGAUGCUACAAGAUUAGAUGUGGGCUAUGCCCACGGGAGAGAUAUAUACACAUUGACCACAUUCACAAUAUUAAGAGCAUAUAAACUGAGUCCACUGUACACAAUAUUACUUUCGCUCUAACAAAAGUAAUUCGUUUGACAAUAAUAUACACAGCAAGUUUUGUUGUUGUAAUGAGUAACCUAGAUUGAGUGUAAAAUAACGGUUAUAAUGGUUUUUGGAUGGAUUUUGAAAACAGUAAAUGUAUCUUCUUUAAAAGUUACAUUAAUAAAGAUAUACUAGAGAUGAAGAAACAUAAGUUUUCGUUAAAUUAAGCUUAUUGAAAUUGAAGAAAUACUGCAAAAUAAAACCAAAUAAACGAAGUGCUUUGUGUGGUAAAUGAGUGCUAGCACAUAAUUUUUCAUGAAAAAAAUGUCAUAACAUUUCCAAAUAUCAUCAUGAAAAUUAUCAAAAUCUCCAUGAUAAGUACGAACAUCGAAAUGAAUUCCAACAAAAUAUAUCAUGAAA